AUGGGCACGCCGCCGGGGGACGAGGCAGAGGUGCUGUGCAGGCGGGCGGUCGACGGCCGCGCGGCCAGCCUCGGGGCCUCCCACCCCGACGCGCUCGCCUCCCUCGGUCUGCUGGCGGGCCUGCUGGCCGCCGCUGGCAGCCUCCAGGAGGCGGAGGCCGCCUACCGCGAGGCCGUGCAGCGCAGGGCCGAGGCCCUCGGCCCCGCGCACCUCGACACGCUGUCCCUGCAGGGGGACCUCGGCGCCCUGCUCAGCGGGCAGGAGGGCCGGCGGCGGGAGGCGGAGGACCUGUACCGCGCCGCCUUGGCGGGCGCGGAGCGAGGGCUGGGCGCCGCCCACCCGGUGGCGCUGACCCUGCUACACAACUUGGCCGUGCUGGUGCGCCGGGCCGAGGGGCGCGAGCAGGAGGCCGUGGAGCUGUACCAGAUGACCGUGGAGUGCAGCGAGCUGGUCCUCGGGCCCGACGAUGCCCGCACCCUGGCAUCGCGUGCGGCCCUCGCCGGGCUCCUGCAGGCGCUCGGGCGCGCGGAAGAGGCGGAGCAGUGCUGGCUGCGAGUGGUGGCGGGGCGUGAGGUCACGCUGGGCCCUGGGCACCCCGCGACCGCGAGGGCGUCCCGGGAGCUGGCCGCCAUGCUGCAGGAGCGUGGGGACUUCGGCGCGGCAGAGGCCGCGCUGCAGGCGGCCCUGAGCGCGAGCGAGGCGGCCUCGGGGCCCAGCCACCCCGCCACGCUGGCCUGCCUCGACGCGCUGGCGCGGCUGCUGCGGGCGGCGGGCAGGUACCAGAAGGCCGCGUCGGUGGCCCGGGUGUUCCGGUGCGCCCUCGAGGCGCGGGAGUCGUCGCACCUGCCGGACUCCCACCCCGACGUCGCGCGCUCCCUGGGCGCCCUCGCGGCUCUGCUCGGCCUGCUGGGCAAGGGCGACGAGGCGGAGGCGCUCGCCCGGCGGGCUCUGCGCGGGCGCGAGGCCGCCCACGGCGAGGACCACGCGGAGGCGCUGGACGCGGCCGAGGCCCUGGCAGACCUGCUGGCCAGCAGCGGCAAGUACGAGGAGGCGGUGGCGCUGGCCAGGCGCGCGCUGCGGGGCCGCAGGGAGGCGCUCGGGGACGCCCACCCUGGCACCCUGGGGCCGCUGGGCCGGCUCGCGGGCUUCCUCCUCGCGUGCGGCAACCACGCCGCGGCCGAGCCCCUCGUCCAGCAGGCCCUGGCGCGCCACGAGGCUGCGCCCGGCCAGUCCAGCCCGGCCCUUCUGGCCGCGGCGGCCAGCCUCGCGGGUGCCCUGCUGCAGGCGGGGAGGCUCCAGCAGGCGGAGCCGCUCGCCCGCAGGGCCCUGCGCGACCGCGAGGCCGCGCAGGGCCCGGACCACCCCGACACCCUGGGCUCCUGCGAGCAGGUCGCGGCGGUGGCGCUGGCCCGCGGCGCCGCCGCCGAGGCGGAGGAGCUGCAGCGCCGCGCCCUCGCGGGACGGGAGGCGGCCCUGGGGCCCUCGCACCCGGCCGCGCUCGCCGCCGCGGCCGCGCUGGCGGGGCUGCUGGAGGCGCGCGGGCGGCCGGAGGAGGCGCUGCCGCUGCGGCGGCGGGCCCUGGAGGGCCACGAGGCGCUGCUCGGCCCGGGGCACCCGCAGGCGCUGGGCGCGCGCCGGGCGGCGGCGGCGCUGCUGGAGCGGCUGGGCCGCGGCCGGGAGAGCGAGCGCCUGCUCGGGGAGGCGCUGCGGAGCGCGCAGGCCGCGCUGGGGGCGGAGCACCCGCUGGCGCUGGCGCUGCUGCUCGACCUGGCGAGGUUGCUCGCCGACCGCGGCAAGUACAGGAACGCGGAGGCCUUCGCGCGCUGCUCGCUGAGCGCGCGCGAGGCGGCCCUGGGCGGCGCCGACGCCGCCGUGGCCGAGGCCGCCGCCGCCCUGGGCGCC